UGUGAAGUUCAGCCGGCUGGUCGCUUCGUCGUAGGCGGCAUACACUGAACGCGAGCAUUGUGCCAACGGCUUUUACGCCAUCGACUGCCAUGUGAAGUGAACUAAAGCCAAUUCUUAAUGCGAAAUAAAACAAAUAUUUGUUAAAUGCAAAUAUAUGUGUAUUUAAAGUAAUCAAAUUCAAGUCAACACACAGACAUUGUCCACGUCAAGCUAACGACAGCGACAUCCGCAUUUAGCUCUUGGAAAUCGGAAGUUGCUGCUGCUGCCCAAAACUAUGCAGCAUUAGCCUCAGCGCCAGAGACUACGAGCUGUCCACACGUUCAUAAAAACCUAUAUACGUACAUAUAUCGAGGCUGAGCAAUAAAUCAGUUUGAAAUGCGUUCGCUUCCGUUCAUCGCAGCGCUCGUGCUGCUGUGUCUGGUUCCGGUUCGUGAUUCCCUUGAACUAGUGGGCCAAUCCAUUAAAGAUGAAAUGGGUGAACAUAUGCUCACGGAUAUCAUGUACGACAAUCAAUACACGGGCAUUGACUUUGUCAAUGCUGACGAUGGUUACCCGGCCUUCAAGUUACUUGCGAGUGCAAAUGUGAAGUCGCCAUCGACUCUGAUGCUGCCAGAAAAGCUCUACGAAUUUGCCAUACUGGUCAAAUAUCGGCUGAACUCGCUAAAGGGCGGCUAUCUAUUCAGCGUUGUUGAUUCCCAGGAGACGGUGCUGCAGCUUGGCGUUCACCUGUCGCCGGUUGUCAAGAACAGCUACAAUGUGACGCUCGUUUACGGGCAGGCCGACAUUCCGGCGGGUCGGAAACUGGCCACUUUUCCGGUACCCAACGUGCCGGACAAAUGGAACUCGAUUGCGUUCCAGGUGUACAGUAACAAUGUGACUUUCUAUUACGACUGCGUACUGCAGAACGCCACGGAGGUGGUGCGAGAUCCAUUUGAGCUGUCAUUCAAUAAGACUGCGGUGCUCUUUAUUGGCCAGGCAGGUUCCGUAUUCCAUGGCCACUUCGAGGGCUAUUUAGUACAAAUCUAUGUGUAUGAGAACCCGGAAGGCUUUAAAUUUCAAUGCAAGGCCCCAGAGUCAACGACGGCCGUGCCAGUGGAGGAAAAUGACCUACCCACAGAGUCAGUUCCCGAAGAACAAGUUGAUCCCGAUCAAGAAAUGAACUCUCCACCUGAUGAGCCCAUUAUCGACGAAAAUGACAUUACCAGAGAGGACUUUUGGUCUAUAGAUAGUGAGGCAACUGACAUUUUCGACGACAGUGGUAUUCAGCCCAACGGACAGACGCAGCUAACGCACGAGAGACCGUAUCGCGGCAUUAAGGGCGAGAAGGGCGAUCGAGGGCCCAAGGGUGAUAGUAUACGUGGUCCACCUGGGCCGCCCGGUCCGCCGGGCCCCAAAGGUGAUACACCCUCGUAUCCGCCCUUUGUGGAGACACCAAGUCCGGGGGCUAAAUACACUGGCGAAUGUACAUGUAAUGCGUCUGAUAUCCUGGAAGCCUUCAAGGACAAUGAAACGAUACGGGAAACGUUGCGCGGUCCGCCCGGUGCGCAGGGCAGAGAUGGAAAGACAGGCGCCCCUGGACUUACCGGUGCCACUGGCGUAACUGGCGCUCGCGGCCCGGAAGGUCCGCAGGGGGAGAAGGGCGAACCAGGCGUCGACGGCAUGCCCGGAGUGAUGGGUCCUCCCGGACCUGCGGGCCCGCCUGGUUUGCCAGAGAGCUAUGAUGAAUCCUUAAUGGGCAACUCGAUGACCGGCCUACGCAGCUCCAGCGCUACCCAGGCAGGACCUAAAGGAGCGACUGGCGAUAAAGGUGAAGCCGGACGUCCAGGAGAUCGCGGUGAAAAGGGUCACAAAGGUGCUCACGGACCCGCUGGACCCAAGGGUGAGCCUGGGGCACCAGGCCUACCCGGAUUGGCCGGCCAGCCCGGCGAUGGCAACGGCACCAAGGGCGAGCGCGGCGAAAAAGGCGAGAAGGGCAUGCGCGGCAGACGCGGCGGCACCGGACCAGCCGGACCAAUUGGACCACCCGGCAAACCGGGACCCAUGGGUGAUAUCGGGCACUCGGGACGUCCUGGCAUGAUUGGACCGAAGGGUGAUACAGGAGCCAAAGGUGCCAAAGGAGAUGCCGGUGGCCGUGAUGGAAUGAAAGGUGAAAAAGGUGACCGGGGCAACGAUGGCCGUGACGGAUUGCCAGGACCACCUGGCCUGCCUGCAACAACAGGUGGCGGCGACGGUGACAGCAGUGGCGUGCAAUAUAUUCCAAUGCCUGGUCCGCCAGGACCGCCCGGGCCACCCGGCUUGCCAGGCUUGUCGAUAACUGGACCCAAGGGAGAAGCUGGCGUGGACUCGCGCAGCUUCUUCGGAGAUGCCUCUUAUUACGGACGACCAGAGCCGCCGCGCCAGACGUCGCACUCGCACAAGCAUGAGGAGGCGGCUCAUGGCUUUGCCAUGGGCAUGGGAGAUGGCGAGGAGCUGCCAUACUUUUCCGCAUCAUCAUCGAACAUGAACAUGAGAAUCGUGCCAGGUGCAGUCACCUUCCAGAACAUAGACGAAAUGACAAAGAAAUCGGCGCUCAGCCCACCCGGCACCCUGGCGUACAUUACCGAGGAGGAAGCGCUUCUCGUGCGCGUCAACAAGGGCUGGCAGUAUAUAGCGCUGGGCACCUUGGUGCCGAUCGCAACUCCAGCGCCGCCCACCACAGUUGCGCCGUCUCUGCGCUUCGAUUUACAAUCAAAAAACCUGCUGAAUAGUCCACCUCCAUUGCUCAACACACCGACGUUUACAACCGCGCCCGAAUACGAAACGUGGUAUCCGCGGAUGCUUCGCGUGGCGGCCCUCAAUGAGCCCUAUGUCGGCGACUUGCAGGGCAUUCGAGGCGCGGACUUCGCCUGCUAUCGCCAAGGCCGGCGAGCGGGUCUUCUGGGCACAUUCAAGGCGUUCCUCACCUCCAGGGUACAGAACCUGGACUCUAUAGUGCGUCCUGCUGACUGGGAGCUGCCAGUUGUAAAUACCCGCGGCGAUGUGCUUUUUAAUUCCUGGAAAGGCGUCUUUAACGGCCAGGGCGGCUUCUUCUCCCAGGCACCAAGAAUCUAUAGCUUUAGCGGCAAGAAUGUUCUCACAGAUCCGUUGUGGCCGCUCAAGCUAGUCUGGCACGGCUCGCUGCCGAAUGGGGAGCGCUCCAUGGACACCUAUUGCGAUGCUUGGCACUCCAGUUCGCACGAGAAGUUCGGCUAUGCCAGCAACCUGCUGGGCAACAAGCUACUCGAUCAAGAGCGCCAGCCGUGCGACGGCAAGCUGAUUGUGCUGUGUGUGGAGGCCCUGUCGCAGGAUCGGCGGAAAAAACGUGACGUCAGUAGCAGUCGCAGUCACAGUCGCGGUCGCAGUUACAGUAACAGUCGCGGCGAGCUAGAGCUGGAGUUCACAACGGCCGAGGAAUACGCCGAGCAUUUAGAUAAUUUACAAGUGUAAGCGCCGCAAGUGUGGGGCAGCCAGCUCAAGAGGAGCAUGAGCGGCAUGUGGCAAACGGUAACUGUAACUGCAAUACAAUACAAUACAAAUAUGAACAACACUACCAAUGGCAGACUCACAUACACACACAGGUACACAUACAGAGCGACACUCACACAAUACACACAUUAAAUGUAAACGUAUAUCAUGGCCAUGCAUAAAUACAUAUAAUCAGCGAAUUCCAAACUAAACCAAAAAAUACUCAAGUAAGCGAUGGAUUAACAAUUGCAUAGUAAAAUACGAACAAAAAACAUAAAUAACUACAUACUUAACUUACGAGUAACUAGGCAUAUAUAUAUAAAUAUAUACAAUAAUUUGUCAUAUCUUAUAAUUUGGACAGGCGACAAGCAUUUUGUACAAGCGAGUUAAACAUUCGUAAUUGUAGCCUAAUACAUAGUGAAAAUUAAUAACUAAGCUAAAUAUUUUGUAAUUAAGUCACAGCGAAGGCGAAUCAUAUUUGCUGUUGCUGCUUGUGCUGCCAUUAAGGUUAGUCCUAGUUCCAGAUCCAGGAUCGACCAUAAUACCAGCUGCUCCCCGAUAACAUCAACAACAAAAUCACUUUCACCACAAAGACCAACAGCAAGAAGCAAUACGAACUGGCCAAAUUAGACUCCUGCAUCGUGCAGCAACAGGAGAAUCCAUGCGCAAAUACAUUUCCACAUGGCUGUAUACGUGUAUAAAUGUAUUUUGUCAAAGACUUCUAAAUGUGUAAAUGAUAAGGAUACGAAACCAACAAUGAAAUCAAGAAAAACAAAAACAGAGCAAACCAUUUUUAGCCCCGAAACCAACGUUUUUAACUGAAUCAGCUCCAAUGUGCAUUAUGUUCUAUGCCAAUCCAGUUUUCUAUUCUACUUACUAAUAAUGUAGUCAGAUUUUCUACAUUGAAAUAUGAAAAUACUCGUUAUUAUAUAAAUGAAGAGAAGCCCUUUUUUAUAUGAACGCAAUAGAAUAACUGAAUUAUAGCAGCGAGUGCAGUAAUUUAUAUGUAAUAAAUGAAUACGAAUGCAUAUGUAUGUACUCAUAUGUAAUGUAACUUAUUGUAAUUCUAGAUCGACUACUAACGAGUAAUGCACAAAUUACUUGUCCCAGUAUAGUUAGUUAUAUAAUUUAAUUUGCAUUUAACUAUGCAUUUCCAGCUACCGAUUUGUAAUGUAAUAAAUUAAUAAUGUAAUUGUAUAACUGAAAAGCGUAUCAUUUUUAAUAAUUACAAUUUGACGAGAAGCAGCAAAAGUAAUGCUAAUUGGGUCAAAGUCAAUCCCAAGCAAUUAUAUACAUACUACAUACUAAGUGUCACAUACAUGUCUACAAACACACACCUGCAUGUGUGUGCUCGCAUGUUGCAAAUAACUAAUUUUAGUGAAAUCAAAAUGAAUACUUAAAUCCCUCUAGUCG